CUCCAUGGUGCCCUUCCUCUACUGGAAGGCAUGCACCAGGCAUAAGGCUCAGAAAUGAAGAGGGAAUUUACAGAAAGUCGGCGAGAGGAUGCGCUGGAGAGCUCAAGGCAGUGAAGGGGUUUGGGUUUAGGGAGAAGUCCAUCGCCUGGAGUUGAGGACCAGAGACACCGCCCAAUCAGAACGCAGCUUCUUCCCAAAUCUCAGUGGCCUAGAUCCCUCCAGCCCUGUGUGCAGGACAUCCAAAGGAGCCCAGUGUUUGGGAAAGGUGACCACCAGGAGAGACAGACCAAAGACCCUUUCCCCUACCAGUACCGGAAGCCCACUCUCGAGUUGCUGGACCUGGGCCCCAUGGAGGAGAGCGCAGAGAUCAGGGCGGACCCCGGCAGCGCCAGGACUGCCUGGAUCCGCGGUUACGCGGCAGCCUGCGGGAGGAGGGUCGGCAAAGCCCUCAGUUACUUCACGGGAGAGAUGAAGGAGUGCGGAGAGGGGCUCAAAGACAAGUCCCCCGUGUUCCAGUUCCUGGACUGGGUCCUGCGGGGCACGUCCCAGGUGAUGUUUGUGAACAACCCCCUCAGCGGCGUCCUCAUCGUCCUCGGCCUCUUCGUCCAGAACCCCUGGUGGGCCAUCUCGGGCUGCCUGGGCACCGUCGUGUCCACGCUGACGGCCCUGGUCCUCAGUCAGGACAAAUCGGCCAUCGCCGCAGGACUUCAGGGCUACAACGGGGUGCUGGUGGGGCUGCUGAUGGCUGUGUUCUCGGACAAAGGCGACUAUUACUGGUGGCUUUUGCUCCCCGUCAUCAUUAUGUCCAUGUCUUGCCCCAUCCUCUCCAGUGCCCUGGGCACCAUCUUCAGCAAGUGGGACCUCCCGGUGUUCACGCUGCCCUUCAACAUCACAGUGACCCUGUACCUGGCGGCCACAGGCCACUACAACCUCUUCUUCCCCACGACACUGCUGCAGCCUGCAUCCGCUGUGCCCAACAUCACCUGGGCGGAGGUCCAAGUGCCCUUGCUCUUGAGAGCCAUCCCCGUUGGAAUUGGCCAAGUGUACGGCUGCGAUAACCCCUGGACCGGAGGCAUUUUCCUCAUAGCUCUGUUCAUAGCUUCACCUCUCAUUUGCUUGCACGCUGCGAUUGGAUCCACCAUGGGGAUGUUAGCAGCUCUCAGCCUCGGGACCCCCUUCGACACCAUCUACUUCGGCCUGUGCGGCUUCAACAGCACGCUCGCCUGCAUCGCCAUCGGGGGCAUGUUCUACGUCAUCACCUGGCAGACCCACCUCCUCGCCAUCGCCUGUGCCCUGUUUGCAGCCUACCUGGGUGCCGCCCUGGCUAACAUGUUAUCUGUGUUCGGACUACCAACCUGCACCUGGCCCUUCUGCCUCUCCGCGCUAACCUUCCUGCUCCUGACGACCAACAACCCCGCCGUCUACAAGCUUCCGCUCAGCAAAGUCACCUACCCGGAGGCCAACCGCAUGUAUUACCUGUCCCAGGAGAAAAACAGAAGACCGUCAACCAUAACAAAGUACCAGGCCUAUGAUGUCUCCUAAGUUGCCCUUUCCAAAACACGUCAGUAGAAAUUGAACCUUUAGCAUGCCGCACAUGUCCCCAGGCUGAAGGCCACCUGACCUCCCCUCCUGUCUGUUCUGCGAUUCCCCACCCCCAGGGCAGGCCUAACCCCACUGACUCCCGAGCACAGGGAGAUACUGUGUGGUCCCCACUCAGGAACCUCUCCAUUCUAAGAAGCACAACACUCAUCAAAGGUACGGUGGGUUUAGACUUUGCACAGCUCACUCCAUAGGAGCUUCCCUUAAUGGGGAUAUUCCUUCUUUGGCAAAAUAAGCCACAUCCCCAAAGACAACUCACCAAGAAGGAGAGAGAGGUUGGUGACAUGGUCAUCCAACUCAGUCACCCAAUGCAGCAACGCACAGUGUCAGGAAACACACAUUAGACUGGAAGAGGAAGGGCUGGUUCUGCCCCAGCUCCGACACUAAUGAAUUCCUGCCGCCCCGGGUGAGAACGCCCUCUGCCUCUCUCAGCCUCAGUUUCUUACUGGUUUCACGACAGGGAGGGACUCGGCCAUCCCCUCCACCUUAGAAGUGUUGAUUCAUAUCUCCUUCUCUCUCUUUCUCUCUCUCCCUCUCUCCCCUAUAAACUGAUAAAAUCAGCAUGACCAACAAGCACUCCCUGAGAGUUGAGUGAGAGAUGGCAGGGUUACCUGGGGAAGGGGCAGAACAGUUUUAACGAUCCGUGGAGAUUUAUUCUGGAGUCGUGAGAAGACGUUCUCCAGACUUGGGGUUAGGAGCCUGACUCGCUGGAAAUGCCAACAUGUCUUCCUUCACAUAACGGAAACACUUCUGGCAAUGUCAUAAGAUGAAAAGUGAUCUUUUUCAACAUUCAAAUCGUAUUUUCAACAACCGCAUUCCUUUUUGUGAUAGACGUAAACAACCUCUCAUUAAACUGUUAAGUUUACAAGCUGGUCUCAGGGUUUUUUUUAAAUGCAGCUCACCCACAUCGUUCACGCGUUGCCCGUGGGCGGGACUUCCCACAGUCAAGCAGGUGUCUGAAGAGAGGAGAAUCCGUGCAAAAUGCUCAGGAGAGGUCUCAGUUGGCUCGCAAAGGGGGUUAUACAGAAAGGACAGUGGGCUCUUUUUG